UACGGAUACAUCGCGCAGCUCAUCAAUCACUGCUGACUCAGAAACUCUCCGAUGCGCAUGGAAGUUCCAACUUUAAUUUUACAUCGCCCGUAUGGUGUCGUACUUGUAGUCCAUGACAAGCGCGCAAAGCAGCAGAAAUUACCGUACGGUAUUGUAUCCAAUCGAGGCCCAACCAUCCCACUCCUGCAGUUACAAUUGAGAGGUGCUUUUUUCUCGUUUCCAACCACCAAACACCGGACGACACCAAUAUAUUCGUGGCGGAGUUGGGCACCGAACUGAGUCAGUUUACAGCUUGUUGAUAAAUCUUCUCUGUCAAUUAGAUAUGGCUUCUGGGGACCAAGACGACCGGGAUGCGUAUGAGGAGAAGAAUGUGCACGAGGUGUACCAGCAGAUUGCGAAACAUUUUUCGGCAACGAGAUACAAGCCAUGGCCAAUUGUGGAACAUUUUCUUCAGAGCCAGAGCCCCGGCGCUGUUGGGUUGGAUGUAGGAUGUGGCAAUGGCAAGUACCUGCCGGUAAAUAAAAGUGUCUAUAUUGUUGCAUCUGAUCGAUCCGAAAAUCUCGCACGAAUUGCCCAUCAACAUCAGCCACACUCGACCAUCUUGGCUGAUGUUCUGAAUCUGCCACAUCCAGACUCAUUCUUUGAUUUCGCAAUUUCGAUUGCCGUUGUGCACCAUCUGUCCACUCCAGAACGAAGAAUUCAAGCAAUUCAUGAAAUCCUGCGCACGCUAAAACCUGCAUCUGGCGAUGCUCCCGGCGGCAAAGCUCUUAUCUAUGUCUGGGCACUUGAGCAAAAGUCUAGCCGCAGAGGAUGGGAUAAAGGGGACGACCAGGAUAUCAUGGUUCCCUGGGUCAUGAAGACACCUAACCCUCAAAACACUCCAGAUGCCCCACCAAAGGUGUUCCACCGGUAUUAUCAUCUCUACCAAGCUGCGGAACUGGAGCGGGAUGUUGACAGCGCGGGCGGUCGGGUUCUGGAAUCCGGGUACGAUAAAGAUAACUGGUGGGCGAUCGUGACACGAUUAGAUCAGAAAUAACCAUGGCCGAAAUCGUGCGGAGAAAAUUCUGCUCCGAGAUCCAGCCUCGGAGUAGUUUGGGUUCUGUGAUAGUGGGAAACAAGGCAGAACCGACAAAGCC